AUGACAGCAACCGAAAUACCUAUCUGGCUAGAUUGUGAUCCUGGCCACGAUGAUGCAGUUGCAAUACUCUUGGCAUGCUGCCUACCUGCAUUCAAACUAGUGGGACUAAGCACCUGCUUUGGUAAUGCGCCACCAGAAAAUACUGACUAUAAUGCUAGAUCCCUAUUGACAGCUUUGGGGAAGACUGAUGUGCCAGUAUAUCUAGGAGCACAAAGACCUUGGAUUAGAAAACCUCAUUAUGCUCCUGAUAUUCAUGGAGAAACUGGGUUGGACGGCACUUCUUUAUUGCCUGUUCCAGUAGUGGAGGUAAACAAAGAGGUUAACUUUAUUGAUGCUAUUGAAAAAGCCAUUUUGGAAAGUGAUGGUGAGCUAUCAUUCGUCUCAACCGGAGCUACCACCACUAUUGCCACUGUAUUGCGGGAGAAACCCUACUUAUUAGAAAAAAUUAAAUACAUUAGCAUUAUGGGAGGUGGCCUGGGUGUGGGUAAUGUGAAUAAAGGUUUAUCAGCUGAAUUUAAUGUAUGGAUUGAUCCUCAUGCUGCUAAAUUCUUGCUUACAGAUCCAGGUAUCAAACGGAAGUGUAUAUUAAUUCCUUUGAAUCUCACACACAAAGCCUUGGCUACUGAUGAAGUAAUGAAGAGGGUUCUUGGUGAUGGUAAGUCGAAUAUAAGGAGACUGUUCUACGAUUUGUUCCUAUUUUUCAAAAAGACAUAUGAACAUGCUCAAGGAUUUGAAAGUGGGCCCCCAAUUCAUGAUCCACUUACUUUAUUACCUCUUCUUGAGCUUUAUGGCUGGGAAACAAAGGAGGUCAUUAAUUUCUCGUAUAGGCGCUUAGAUAUCGAUGUUGAUAUUGAUAUCCAUAGUGACCACGCGGGAAAACUGAUAAUAUUGAACGAAUAUGAGCAAGAAGAAGUUCAGAAAGGUGUUAUUGUAGGAUAUGAGCUGAAUUUCGAUUACUUCUGGGAUAAAUUAUACUUCUGUUUGGAAGAAGCUGAGAAAACUUCAACAAUAUAG